AUGAGGGACAGACUGGAUCAUCUUCAGACCAUUUCAGAGUCCAACGACCAUCUGGAAGAGCUGGAAUCAGACUCUUUCAGCAAUGUGGACCUGGAGGAGGAUUUCAACCAGCAGGCCAUCAUUUUUGACAACAGCGAUGAGAUGGAGUCUGUGCUCGAUGAGGCUCAGGACACUAGGCGUGAGAUUCAGCUCAUCCGUCUCGAGGUGAAGCGUCUCAGGGACCAAAACACACGUAUACUUAGUGAACCAACUCGUACAACACACGUAAAGCAUGACGCCAAUGUCAUCGCUGGUGACAUCAAGACCCGUGGAGAGAACAUUCUGACACGUCUGCAAAAAAUGAAUACCCAUGCCAAAGGUCUCGAAGAGGAGCAUGGCGUCAACUCUGCUGUGGCGAGAAUCGCCCGAACACAGUACACCACUCUAAGCAACAACUUCCGAGAUGCAAUGACCGAGUACAACGAUGCUGAGAUGAGUCACAAGGAAUCGUGUAAGCGUCACAUUCAACGGCAAAUGGAGAUUGUGGGCCGAGAGGUGUCGGGUGACCAGAUUGAAGAGAUGCUAGAGAAUGGUCAGUGGAACAUCUUCAACGAUAAUGUCAUGUCAGAAGGGAAAACGGCUCGUUCUGCGCUUAACCAGAUUGAGAGUCGACAUCGGGACCUGCUUGAGUUAGAGAGCCGACUCAAGAGUCUUCAUGAAGUGUUCUUGGACGUGGCUAUGCUUGUAGAGGAACAAGGACCCAUGACAGACUACAUCCUAAACAAUGUUCAGAAAACUGAUGCUAUGCUUGGUGAAGUCCUUAUCAAACUGGAACGGGCCAAAAGACAUGACAGCAACAACCCAUUCAAGAAAAUGUUCUGUGGAUGCUUUCCAUGCGCUAAAAUCUGAUCAGAGCGAUUGUCAACUGUGUGGAUUUUGGGAGGCCUGCAGUGUCUGCUGACUUUUGUUGUUCAUUUAGAUAAGGACCAUUGUCUUCCAAGACUAAGCUCUUUGAGCGAUCACAAAACCUGACUGUUUGAUACUGCUGAAUUGAACAAUAACACUGCUGAGAGCAAAUUAAACAAGUAAAACAAACCAAAUAAAAUUAAACACGUACACUACAACACAGUCAUCACUACAUGCCUUCAUGAAGAUGUCUUUUCAUUUGCAGAUUAAUACCUGAAAACAUAUACUGUAAAUCAUAUUCAUACCCAGUGUCUGUUAACAUAUAAAGUUAACAAAGGCAAAGGAGCUUUUAAUCUAGUGUUUUAUUGCAGAAUAUGCAUAGGCUAUAAUUUAUUAAUAUAUUCUACAUUGUUAUAUCUUUAAUUAGAUCUUACAUCUUUCAUUCAUCUAAAGUGUUUGAACACAAUAUGCACUUUCUAAAUCCUUUUACAUUAAAUAUCCGGAAUAUGAAGCAUCUGCCAUGUUUUGCCAAUGCAACUUGAUAUUUUUUUUUUUUCAAUUAGUUCAAUAUGCUUAAUUUUUAUUAGAUAAACAUAUAAGUUUAAUAAAAUAUAUAAUUAUUACUAG